UUCUGGUACGACUACAAGCUGAAGUGGGACCCGGAGGAGUAUGGAGGGGUGGUCAUGUUACAUGUUCCUUCUGAUCAUAUCUGGCGCCCGGAUAUAGUGCUAUACAACAAGCAACGCUUGCACUUCGAUGGCUGGGAGUGGAAACCUCCAGCUAUCUACAAGUCCUCGUGUGAGAUCGAUGUCGAGUUCUUUCCUUCGACGAACAGACGUGUGCUCAUGAAGUUUGGUUCCUGGACCUAUGAUGGCUUCCAGGUGAGAGUGUCCUUCCUACUCCAGGACCAACGAUGGCUUCCAGGUGAGUGUCCUUACUCCAGGACCCACGAAGACUUCAUGAGUGUCCCUUACUCCAGGACCCACGAAGACUUCCCAGGAGAGUCCCUUCUUACUCCAUACCCAUGA